UAUGAAUAGUAAAAGUAUUGUUUACUUUUCUACUUUUUCACUCUGCUUUUCACGCUUCUUUUGCUCCUCUUCUUUCCUCUUUGUUGUUAUCACUGAACUUCCCUCUCUCACCUAAAAAGUUCUUCUCUCGGCUUCCUGCUUUACUCUUCUCCGGCUCUACUCUUCUCUUUCUCUGCUUCCUCAGUUUCUUUUCUUUCACCAUUGAUUUUCUCAAGGUUAGUUUCCAUUAUUAAUGAAAUCGUUGAGUUUCAUUUUGAUUUCAUUGAUUAAACUUCUUUAGAUUGAAAAUUCAGAGUUUUUUAGAAAACUUUAGGGUUAGUUUAAUACAUCGGAUGAUUAUUGUUAUGAAUGGUGUGAUUUGAGUGCACAAAUUGAUGAGUGCAUUCAUGUGUGUCUCUUGGGAUGGAAUCCUAUGAGUGUGUUAAUGUGAGUGUUUUAAGUUGGUAACUUAAUGUUUGUAGUGUGUAAGUGUGAUUUAUUUGGUGAAGUAAUCAUGGGAGUUAUUGGUGUUGAUGGUGUUUUAUAAAGAAGUGCAAAAGGUUUUUUAAUGAUGCUUUGCAAUGUUAGUCGAGCAGAAACUGACAAAAAAGAAUACUGAAGGUCGCUCGACCAGCUCGCUAGACCGAGCGAGCUCUUGGGUGGGUCAAGCGAACAAACAGAAUACAUCCAGUAGCCUGCUGUAGCUCGCUCGACCGAGCACGCUUUUGUUCCGGUUGAGCGGUUUCUUUUUGACAAUUCAUGAGCUGCUGACUUUUGUCCCUUUAACUUCUUGGAGCUAUUUCAAAAUAGUUAUUACAUAGAAUUAAGGCUAUAUUGUCAUUGAAUGUACUUAGUACUAUAAAUAGAGAGCUCUCAUGUUCAUCCAAGGUACAUCAAACAUAACCCCUAAGCCAAACACAUAGCCUUUGUUUUAUCUCUUACUCAAUUGUAAUACUUCAUUUGUAAGAGUGUUUUACUCCACUAAAAUAAUAUAAACAAGCAGCUACACACCACGGAGGACGUAGACAUCAUUGAGUGAACCUCCUUAAAUCAUUGCGUUAAUUUUUGCAAAUUUUAUUUUAUCAAACGUUUGUUAGUUCAUUGAAAUUAUUGUCAUUAAUCAAAAUUCUUAACAUCAUAUUGAUCUUGUCGAAUUAUUUCAAUUAACAACUUUGAGAUUUACAAGCUUUAUUUUCAGUCGGAUGAUCAAGAAAUUCCUUUUAUUGCUCAAUGUACUAGCUCCGAAAGUUUUAAUCGUACCCAAUACGGAUGAUUUUUCCAGGCGAUUGAUUGCCGAUGGUCUUAUUUUUGUAAAUGGCUGGAAAUCAAGGUAAAGGAAAAGGGUUUUUUAGAGGGUUAUUGAGCGGCAAUAGAUCUAGGCCAACUUUACUGAGAGGGGGGUUACGGGAUCUGCUAGGCGAGCAAGGCAAGAACAGGCGGCCGUACAUAGUCAGGCCCAACGUUCAAGUACCCUAGAGCAAGUGCGUAGUCGCUUGGAGCGCCAGAGUAGCCUACAUAGUCAUACGGUCGGCUCAGGUGACGAUCAUACUGAUUACGACAAUUCUGUUAGCCGGGAAGAGUCUGUCGGUCAGGAUGAGUCUGUCGGUCAUCCUGUUGAUUGGACGCUCAUAAGAGGGCAUGCUGGUAAGUUCAGGAUUAGAGGGCAUGGGUCGGCUGGCACUUCUGAUCAGGCAGGAGUAAGCUAGGUUGAGGAUGCGGCUCCACGGGGGAGGAGGCGCAACCAGUCCGCGGACACGGACUGGUUGAUCACAUCACCCCAGCCCGGGGGCCCUGUUGAUACCACUUUAAUACCCAGCUACGGUGGGCAUGUAGCAAAGGUAAUAUUCGAGGGAUUGGAGCGCACCCCUCCGAUUUUGGAAUGUCGUCCUCGGAAGAAGACGUUGGAUUUAAUCAUCAGACUGCAGGACAUGUCUGAUGAAUUGUACAGGGUGUUACCUGCCAGUCCCCUUGGUCAUCUGCUGUAUAUAAUGCACCAGCACAUCGACAGUGCUCUUAUUACAGCAUUUGUGGAAAGGUGGCAGCCUGAUACCAACACCUUCCACAUGCCUUGGGGGGAGAUGAGUAUAAUGUUGCAUGACGUGCAACGCAUCUUAGGAAUUGGUAUUGACGGUUCACUUCCCGUGGAACCGUCUGAUCAAGACUGGCAGCUGGGCCUGGCCGGCCUUUUUGGGGAGCCAUUGUCGGAGCUGCGUGCGAAGGGGCACUUCACCAGCAGUAGCAUUAACGUGGGUGCAUUGUUGCAGCUAUGCCACCGUUCUCAGACUAUGGAUACUCAAGCUACUGCUCGUGGAUAAAACUAGAGUCGGGAUGCGUCCUCACCCUGUUCUUGCUGUCGCCGCUGAUCAGGCUGACAUUGCCCGGGGUACUUUGACGCUUGCGUACUUGUAUCGCCAACUGGGUAUGGCGACAAGGACUGGGUGCAAGACUAUUGCUGGUUGUCUGAUACUGUUGCAGAUAUGGAUUUACGAGUACUUCCCAGCCUUCCGCCCCAAUCUGCGUCAAGCUGACAUGCCGAACAAGACUAGGGCAGAGAUGUGGUCCCCUCAGAAGCCAAUCCGUGAGCUGAGCAGAUUGAGAGACUGUAGGAGCAUACUGGACGCCAUGAUAGAGACACAGGUGGAGUGGACUCCGUACAUGACUUCUGCUAGGGCUUUAUUGAACGAGCACCCACGUAUCGCCUAUAUCGGUGGUAUCACCUGUUUCGAUGUCGUGGAGGUUUAUUUGCCUGAGAGGACAGUGAGGCAGCUCGGUUUUGCACAGGAUAUUCCUCCCCCUCCGCUGAGACCUACCCAAGCUGUGCGACCGGCACAGGGCUCCUACUCAGUGACAUUCUCUUCUUCUCCUAUGUUUACUGAGAUGUGGAGUAGGUUCCCCUACUGCGCUCGCGUAGUUGAGCAGGCAUUGCGUCGGACAUCGGUUCCAUCAGAGGCUGGCCCUGAUUACGUUGACUGGUUUAGAGUGUCUUCCCACUGUUUUCUCAUCCCUGGUGAAGGACCUGCUGCUGCGUUUGGUGUAGCGGAUAACAGAGUCAAAUACUUUGCUGCUGAAUAUAGUGCUCGACUUGCGCCAUUGCUCAGGAUGCCAGCUAUUGCCCAAAUGACGCCUCGGAAAAGAGAUGUUGCUGAUAUGUAUUUAGAUGAUCUUAGAGAGUUGUUUGCGGAAUGGCAACAGUGUAGAGGGCGUAGCCCUUAAUAGACAUUUGUGGAUUUUGUAAUGAAUGAACAAUUUUUUUUAUAAUCUGUAUAGAUGAACAACUUUUUGUGUUACGUGUUGCGUUUGAAUCACUUACUAAUUUAUUAACUAAA